AUGAAAACAAAAGGCAUUCGUCAAGUACAUGCCAACGUACCACAUCGAGCUCACAAACGAAUCGACGAAUGGAAAAAAUAUUACCAAAAAAAACCAAUUGUAAUCAGAAAACCGAUGUUCAUACAAAAAGAGGCAAAGAAAAGAAAUUCCAUUGAAUACCAAAACGCGACAGUACCAGAAUUCAAACCGAUAUCAGACGCUCAAAUAACGAAAAUAAACGAAAUAAUGAAUGAUAUACUCAGUACAAAGCCUACCAAUUAUCGAAAAGGCAAGCUUAUUGAUAGCGAAACGAGCGAAACAAGAGAUACAAUAACCAACUUGCCAGAGAAAGACAGAAAGUACGAUGAUGGUUGUCCUCAAGGAGGAACUUGCGAAUUUUUUGUAUCCUGUUGGAUGAAAGGUGGACUGUUAGAGGGUUCCUGUGGCGGUUUGCUAAAGAGUUGUUGUCACAGAGUGGCUAAAUCUGGUAUACUUGGAGUUCAAGAUUCGAAUAGCAUUGAAUCGCCUUUUGAAGGAUUCAGUUAUGGCCCAGUCAUAAACGAUGACAGUAAGUUCAUUUGGAUUUUGUCACACCGUUGCGUAACAUUAGAAUCGUUGUUAUCUCCGAUUUGCAUAAUCCAAGACUAA